AAAUCUCCAAGGGCAUGAUGGAGAGAGGCCACAAUAGGGACUCUGAGCAGUGCCGCCUGAAAGUCAAGGAGCUCAGACAAGCCUAUCAAAAAACAAAGGAGGCAAACGGUCGCUCCGGGUCAGAGCCACGGACAUGCCGCUUCUACGCCGAGCUGCAUGCAAUUCUAGGGGGGGCUGCCACCACUACCCCACCUGUGAUCGUGGAUUCUGGGUCGGGGAUAGUCUCAUCAGCGACGCCUGAGGAUUCUGCCGAUGGGGGAGAGGAGGAGGAGGAGGAUGAGGAUGAGCUUGCAGAGAGCACACAGCACUCCGUUCUCCCCAACAGCCAGGAUCUUUUUCUCACCCUGACUGAAGUACCCUCCCAAGCCAGUACCCAAGACUCUGACCCCAUGGAAGGGACCUCAGCAGCUGCAAAUUCCUCAAGCCUCCCUCCUCCAUCCCGAAGGUUAUCACAGAUAAGGCGUCGUAAGAAGAGAACGCGAGACGAGAUGUUUUCUGAAAUUAUGGAAUCCAGCCGCAGUGACAGAGCUCAUCUGAAUGAGUGGAAGGAAACAGUUUCAAAGUAUAGGAAAGAAGCCAGUGAACGUGAGGACAGGAGGGACCAACGUGAGGACAGGAGGGACGCUCAAGAUGAGAGGUGGCGGCAGGAAGACCAGAGGAGGCAGGAUGCAACGCUGGGGCUGCUGCGUGAGCAAACAGACAUGCUCCAGCGUCUGGUGGAGCUUCAGGAACGGCUGCUGGAAAACAGACUGCCGCUUCAGCCCCUGUUCCACCCUCCCCCCUCCCCAUGUUCCGUAUCCUCCUCACCCAGACGUGUAAGAACACGGGGGGGAGGCUCCGUACACCUUCCCAUUCUACCCCAGUAGACAGCCCAAGCAAAAGGCUGUCAUUUUUUUAACCUUUUCUUUGUGGCUUUUUCCUUCCCAGCAAUCCUCCUCCCAAAUACCACCCGGGUUCCCUCCC